CCCUCCCCGGCGCGCAUGCGCAGACAUCCACAACCGGAAGUAGCGCGGGGCCAGGCAUGGCGGCGGCGACGGCUGCCGAGGAUGUCUCGGCGACCCAAAGAGAGGAGCCUGUUCGAGACGAUGCCGCCGUGGAAACAGCUGAGGAAGCAAAGGAGCCGGCUGAAGCUGACAUCACGGAGCUCUGCCGGGACAUGUUCUCCAAAAUGGCAACUUACCUGACUGGGGAACUGACGGCCACCAGCGAAGACUAUAAGCUCCUGGAAAAUAUGAAUAAACUAACCAGCCUGAAGUAUCUUGAAAUGAAAGAUAUUGCUAUAAACAUUAGUAGAAACUUAAAGGACUUAAACCAGAAGUAUGCUGGACUGCAGCCUUAUCUGGAUCAGAUCAAUGUAAUUGAAGAACAGGUAGCAGCUCUCGAGCAGGCAGCCUACAAGUUGGAUGCAUAUUCAAAAAAACUGGAAGCCAAGUACAAGAAGCUGGAGAAGCGAUGAAAAACUCAUUCCUGUGGAACAGUGUCUUUUUUUUUUUAACAUGGAGGAAUGUUUUAUAAGACCUGAAUGCUGAGACUGAUGAAUUGUCAAAACUCCUCAAAAGGAAACUAUGAUAGGUCGUCCCAGAAACGUCCCAACGUUGGAGUAAACUGGAGGACUGUGGCUACCCCUGAACUUCUUUGGAGGCAGUAUCCCUCAGAAACUCACACUUAAAACUCCUUACCUUUUACUUGAAUGUUUCAUCAUCCACUCAGGACAGAGAGUCUCUCAAAGUUCAGGAUAAACCUGGGCUUGCCAGUAGAAUCAAAUGAGAGGACCUAUUUUCUCUCAUAGUGGUUGAUUACUACAUUAUUUUCUUAAUGGUUGGUUUUUGAGUUUCUGUGUCGAUGGUUGUUUUUUUCUAUUAAUGAUGCUAAUGUAUUGCUAAUAAGAUCCUAAAUUAAAAAAGGAAAACAAACUUGUUCUUUAUAGAA